AUACAGGCCGCAAAGCAUGGAUCGAGCCGAAGCCUUAUUGAGGUGGCGCUGAAGAAUGUACGGAAGCGAUUUCUUGAUCAAGCGACGUCUCGAUUCGCUCCAGACUCCUUCGAGUAUGAUACCGUCAAGUAUAGAAUGAAGAAGUUAUACGAUUCCACAGUAGGUGGAGGCAAGAAUGCACGAUCUGUUCUUGCGCUGGAUUCCUUUUGUGCGUUUAAUCCUGAUGCAAGUGCUGCGGAAGUGCAAACCAUGGCAGAGUGCGCCUCAUUGUUAGAAUUGAUUCAAAGCUUCUAUAUAAUACUUGACGAUAUUAUGGAUGGAGCAGAAACCCGACGUGGAAAAUUGUGCUGGUACAAGCAACCUGAUAUCGGUUUGGGCGCCAUUAACGAUGCAUUAUUGCUAGAUGCUUUCAUUGAGGAAAUAAUACGGUCUACUAUUCCAGGGAUUUGUAUGCCGCACAUCCACAAGUCGAUCGUUUAUGUAUUUCAUAUCAGAAGGUACGAGCAGCUGGUAGAAAUGAAGACGUCUCACUAUUCAUUUUUUCAUCCCAUAGAGAUGUCUAUGUUGGUGAGCGACCGACUCGACAAUCACCAAGUUGUGCGGCGGCUUGCUUAUCAAAUAGGAUUCCUUUUCCAAUCACAGGACGAUCUUCUCGACGUGUUUGGUGAUCCAGCUAUGACGGGUAAAGUCGGCACCGAUAUACAAGAUGGGAAAUGCACUUGGAUAAGCGUUCGAACUGCACAGAAGUUACGAGGGAAACCCGAAAUGAGCUUCUUCAAGGAACACUAUGGCAAGCCUGUUCCCGAAAGUGUCGCAAAAGUCAAGGAGCUUUUUGAAAAGCUGAAAAUUCAAGAUGAGUUCCUGAAGUUCCAGAGGAAUUUCUCGGAGAAGGUGAGAAACGACAUCGAUCAAAUACCUCUGCGGUUGUCGCCACUGAGGCCAGUCUUGUUAGAAGUUCUCAAUAGGUUGAUAGAUCGGAAGAAAUGA